AUGGCAUUGGUAAGCAGAUCUUUCAAACUCAUCUACUUUCUCCUCAUAAUCCUCACUCUUGAGACUCCCAAUGCCACUGGCCUGAGCAUCAAACUCAUCCACAGAGACUCCAUUCAAUAUCCAUUUUACACCCAAAACCGAACCGAAAGACUCAAACUCCUCCUUCAGACAACAUCAAACAUCAGGACCAAGAUUUUCUUAAACCAAAGAUCACAAAACAAAACCUCGACCUCAAUUCGCCCGAUACUCGACAACCAGGAUCUAAUGUACAUGGUCCAGGUCAGCAUCGGCACAUUCACCCGCUCCAAACCUUCCCGCUACACGUACUUCCUCCACCUCGACACGGCCAACGACCUCACUUGGACCCAAUGUGACGAGUGCCGUAAAGGCCGACGCUUGUGCUUCCGCCAGCUGGCACCACUCUUCCCCGCGGCCCGCUCAUCCACCUACGGCCCACUCCCCUGCGGAAACCACCCCCUCUGCUUCCCGGGCCAAUGCAUCGGGCCCGUUUGCUCAUACCAUAUCGAGUACGGAGAUGGGGCCCAAACGUCAGGUUACCUGGCCCGCGAGUCGUUCACUUUCUCUGCCGCCAAAAAGACGGUGACAACUGUCAAGGACACUGUUUUCGGGUGCGGAAUUCGGAACACGGGAUUCGCCGAGUCGUCGAAGAAGAAUCUCGUCGCGGGGAACUUCGGGUUGGGCCCGGGUCCAUUUUCGUUCCUGAGGCAGCAUAUGGGCCUGACGAUGGGCCGAUUCUCGUACUGCUUUCCCCCGUGGGACGCCGAGCGGAAAUCCGACGUUUUUCUCAGGUUCGGAGCUGACGUGCAGAUAAGGAAGGAUCUUAAGACGACGAGGCUUUUGAACAACUCGGAGAAUGUUCCGUACUAUUUUGUGGAGCUGAAGGGGAUAAGCGUGGGGCCCAAGAGGCUCGACAUCCCGGCUGAGAUGCUCGCGAGGAAAGGGUUGAAGGGCGGGUGCUGCAUCGACUCGGGGACAACAUUUACCGUUUUGCCCCCGGCAGUGUACGCGAAGAUGAGGGAGGCUCUGGUUGCAGACCACUUGUCGAAAUAUAAGCCAGCAGGGAAGCUUGGGGACCUUCGGUUCUGUUAUUUUGUCCCGACGGGAAAAACGGGAAGGAAAGGGCGGCUCCCGAACAUCACGUUCCAUUUGCGGGAUUCGGAGAUCGUGCUUACGCCAGAGCUGGCGUUCGUGUCUGAUGACGUGGCUUCUGGAAGACGGGUGUUCUGCCUGGCGAUGUUGCCGGCGAAUAUUUACAACGUGAUACUAAUCGGGUCUUACCAGCAGGCGAACACACGGUACGUGUUUGACACCGUGAAGUCGAAACUGUAUUUCGGUCCGGAGGAUUGUACUCGUAGUAAUUAA